GGCUGAGUGUACGCCCGCUGCUCUGCACAAUAUCAACGGCUUGUUCUAUGGUGGUGGGUCACUCAUCAGAUGCUGUUCAGAACGGAUUUGUACUGCUAACGGAUUUGACCAUCCACGAUCUCUUCCUUGAUAACUCUGCAUUUGCCACUGCCUCCUCUGCCGGGGCUCAGCUUGCACAUACCAGGAUCCAUGCUGCAGGUCCCUUGCUCCCAUAAGGAUGAUAUAAAUCAGCAGGAGCUUUGGUCGUGGAAAAAGGGACAUAUUGCUUCACGGUCAAUACCGAGUCCUCCUCCGUGAGGAAACCAGCUUUCUUCGAUAUGCAUAGCUGACUCAGCGCUCGAAUACAAGACCGUGAGUCAGAUCAAGACCUUGAAAAAUGAAUUGGUGAGAACAACUGAGCCAGAGAGGAAAAAUAUGAACCAGUUUUUAACUUUUACUGAACUCUACCUUCAAAUAUUUCAAUGAAUGGAGGUAUGAGAUUGGAGGGUAAAUCUAACGGUGGUGUCAUCUGCAAAAAGAGGGAUUUGAUAAUCUGACGACAGAGAGUGCUGCUGCAACGGCUGGUGCUCGGAGUCAACAUGCAGAUGAUUUCACUCCUCCUUUUCCUUCCACCUUCUUUGCUCAGCAUCUUUAUUUAACAUUUGUACCAUUUUGGUGAUCUUGCGGCGAGCUGGAAGUCAUCUGGACGUAUUGGUGGAACUGGACUAAAGGACUGCCCUUUUUACUGGAUUCUGCAACCACUGAGAUUUCUACCUCUGGAAAUUCUAAUGGGUGUAUGCGCUUGUCUGAAUGUGAGUGUGUGUAUGUGUGUUAGUUGUGUGUGGAUGUGAUUUGUAUGCCUUGAUGUGUUUGUAACUAUUUCUGUGUUCUUGCGGUUGUGGUUUACUUUUUUCCAAUGUCUGGCAUUACUGGCCAGUGUUUCGCCUUGUGCUGUCCAUGUCUGCUGAGCACCCAGCCUUGGGGUUAACCCUUACCGUGCCACAGGCGAGAUGAGUGACAGCUCUGGAACAGUGAGCAACUCGGGGGCUAUGGUACUGGAGGAGCCUGAUGGGAGAGGUGGCUCCGGUGGACGUGAACAAGCCCAGGCCCCUGCUCGUGGUGGCAUUUUAAGGUGCGGGAGCUGUGCCCUUUGGCCCCGCCAACAGACUUGGCUCUGCGUGGUCCCACUUAUAAUUGGCUUCAUAGGCCUAGGGCUGAGUCUGAUGCUGCUGAAAUGGAUCGUAGUGGGUUCUGUGCGGGACUACGUGCCUACUGACUUGGUGGACGCCAAGGGUAUUGGUCAGGACCCCAUCUUUCUGUCCAAACCUAGCACUUUUCCUAAGGGAUCUGACACCACCACCACCACAACCACUAUUGGAGGGGUCAGCUCGGUCAGCCCCACCGUCACCACUGUGGUGCGGAGCAGGACUCGAACAGGAACUCCUCCCAAUGUUCCACCAAGAGGUGGUGGUGCAUCCGGCAGCCAGGUGACACAGAAGAGCCCGUCUACGCGCUUUGUCACACGUAAUCCCACCUUUAUGACCACCGUGGCCUCUACCACAACGUCUGCGGUCCAAACGUCCACCUCCAGCCCCUCUCCCUCCAACCCUGCCGUUCUAAACGACUCCACCCAAAUGUGGACCAGAGAGCAGUCAUCCACUGAACGGCACGUGACCACGCCUGGUCGAACCCACGUCAGCCGCAAAACACCAUCACCAACUCUACCGCCUUUGAAAUCGGAGCAUUUCAAGCCGUGUCAGGAGAAAGACCUGGCCUAUUGCCUGAAUGACGGGGAGUGCUUUGUCAUCGAGACCCUGAGCGGCCCACACAAACACUGCAGGUGUAAAGAGGGUUUCCAGGGCAUUCGUUGUGACCAGUUCCUGCCCAAGACUGAUUCCAUCCUGUCUGAUCCAAUGGAUCACUUGGGCAUUGAGUUCAUGGAGAGCAAGGAGGUGUACAAAAGACAAGUGAUGUCUAUCACAUGUAUUGCUAUGGGGAUCAGCUUUCUAGGCACCCUCUGCAUGGCUCUCUACUGUCGGAACAAGAGAAGAAGAGAAAAGCUCCAUGCACACUUGAAAGAGAGCCGUAGCCAGAAAAACUACAACCUCACCUCAUGCAGCCUGGCCCCUAAACCCAGCCUUAGGCCUCAGCAAGGCCUGCAGCUCCUGAGCUAUUAUAAACCCACAAGGUCCUCGCCACCACAUGUUCAAGAGUCUAGUUUCGUUCAGAGCACUGCUGCCGCUACCAAUCCACAGGGCACAUUGACAGGAAAACACCCCAGGAGUGGUUCCCUCUCUCAUAGUCCAUAUCAGAGGAGUCAUUCUGCUUUUCGGCCUGCAUCUCGCAGAACACCACCCAUAACCAGAGGAUGUCUCAAUGCCAUUGGUGGAGCAAGAGAUUCUGGUCCUGCCUACCAACAUCUCCAGGAAGUAGACAGCUCAGAGAGGGAGUCAGUGAGAAGGAACAUUUCCGGCCCUGGCAAUGACCUACAUCAAGAUUCCUUUUACAAUAUGCAAGCCUCACAAUCCUCAAAAUCUUGGAGCAGCCAUUUAGACCACAGGUGCGCUAGGAGCCUCAGGUCAGGCGGCCCUAGCCAAAGUCCUCCUGCUCCUUACCGUCCCUGCUCUAUCCCAAUCAUCCCCUCUGUCCACUCCUACCAGGAUGAGGUCUCGUGUAUGCAAACCGCCCCUACUGAUGGAAGCAGCCGCUCUAGUCCUCUGGAAAGCACAGCUGAUGCUCCGGCUGUCAAUCAACAGUCCAGUGUAAUGGUCUCCAACCGAGUGGCUGGUAGACGAGAGGAAGUGGCCUCACUACUCGACGAGGCUCAGGAACAACUCAGAGCACUAGCACAUGCCCAGAGGCAACAGGAGGACAUCAGUAGCUCUGUCCCUCAGGGGGCCAAAGAGACUGUGUGCAUCCUUUUAGCAAAUGGGGGUGGACAAGGGGGAGUGGCCUCUUUUGGGCCCACAGAGACUCAUUUAGUGAGCCCCAGUGACAUGCACAAAGAUGCCACAAAGACUGGCCAAUGAGAAGCGGUUGACAGGACUAACCACAAAUGUCCCGUGUGUCUUGGGGCUUCAGGAUACUCUGCCAAAAUUGGGAUACCACUGCAAGCUACCAUUAAAUUUCUGAGGACCUGCUGUGAGUAGAAGUGUGGGAGAGUGACAGUCUCGAACAUGUGAAAAGAGUAUUUAUUUAUAUGCAUUUAUUUAAGGAGAAACUUCUACUUAGAAAAAGAAACCAAAUA